AUGGAGGAUUUUCCAUCUGAUGUCAUUCGGAACUUCUCGAUAAUUGCCCACAUCGAUCAUGGUAAAUCGACGCUAGCAGAUAGAUUGCUUGAGCUGACAGGCACGAUCGGCAAGCGACAGAAGGGUGUGAAUCAACAGGUCCUGGACAAGCUGAAGGUGGAGCGGGAGCGCGGAAUUACAGUGAAGGCUCAGACGGCGAGUAUGAUCCACACAGUCUCCGGGCAACAAUAUCUCCUUAACCUCAUUGAUACACCUGGACACGUCGACUUUGCUUGGGAAGUCUCCCGUUCCUUGGCUGCCUGCCAGGGUGCCUUGCUGCUGGUGGAUGCUACUCAAGGCAUUCAAGCCCAGUCGAUCUCCGUCUUCCACAUCGCUCGAGAGCGCGGUCUCAAAAUCAUUCCAGUGCUGAACAAGAUAGACCUCCCCGCCGCACAACCGGAGCUCAUCGCCGCCCAGGUGCAAUCCACAUUCGGUAUAGAUCCCGCCGACUGCAUUGAAAUAUCGGCCAAAACGGGCAAGGGCGUCGAGAAGGUCCUGAAGGCCAUCAUUGAUCGAAUUCCAGCUCCCGUGGGCGACGAGUCUGCACCACUGAAAGCCUUGCUAUUUGACUCUUCGUAUGACAAGUACCGCGGCGUCAUCUCACUCGUCAGCGUCCAGGCAGGCGUUCUGAAGAAGGGAGACAAGAUCGCAUCAUGCCAUACACGUAAAAAGUAUGAUGUCGCCGACGUGGGUAUUAUGCACCCUGAAGAGGAGCCUGCCACCUGCUUGCGACCGGGACAGGUGGGCUAUAUCGCGUGCAAUAUGAAGGAAUCCUCGGAAGCUCACGUCGGGGAUACGCUGCACCGCGUCGGCGAGUCCGUCGAAUCUUUACCUGAGUUCAAGCUGGCGAAGGCUAUGGUGUAUGCGGGCGUUUACCCUAUGGACAGCAAUGAUUUUGCGAAACUGGAGGAAUCCAUAAAGAGGCUCACUCUGACUGACCGGAGCGUCGAAGUCACCCGUGAAUCAUCCACUGCCCUUGGACAGGGCUGCCGGUUAGGCUUCCUCGGCACAUUGCACAUGGACGUCUUCCGGCAGCGGCUCGAGGACGAGUACGAUGCAAAUGUCAUUAUCACCGCGCCGACCGUGCCAUACAAAGUGGUAUACAUGGAUCGGUCUGGAGAUCGAACGGAGGUUGUCAGCAAUCCGACUGCUUUCCCGGAAGUUGCCGACGCAGCGACGCGGGUCAGGGGAGUCCACGAACCCAUCGUCAACGCAUCUAUCAUUGUGCCGCAAGAGUACCUCGGAGAUAUGAUGGACUUGUGCUUCAGCCACCGCGGAGAGAACCUCGAUCAUCGCUACCUUGACGCCUCCGGAAGCACGGCUGCACGGAUCAUACUGACCUGUACGUUGCCCUUGACGGAGAUCGUGACGGACUUCUACGACAAGCUCAAGAGCCGCAGUUCGGGGUUCGCGAGCUUCGACUAUGAGAAUGCCGGGUACCAGAAGAGCAAUAUGGUCAAGAUGACAUUUCUGCUGAAUAACAAGCCAGUGGACGCUCUCGCGUUAAUUGUGCAUCGGUCAAAUGAACAGGAAGUUGGCCGCCAAUGGGUCAAGAAACUACACAAGGUUAUUCCUCGGCAGCUAUUUGAAGUGCCCAUCCAAGCCGCAGUCGGUAGGCGCAUCGUCGCGCGCGAGACGCUAUCCGCCUUGCGCGCAGACGUCACGGCAGGACUCUAUGGCGGACAUUACGAGCGGAAGCUGAAGCACCUGGAGAACCAGAAAGAGAGCAAAAGGCGGAUGAAACGGGUCGGCAGCGUCGAUCUUCCGCAAGAGGCAUUUUUCGAUAUGUUGCGGACGAAAUCGUCGUAG